AUGCCCGGAGGACACGUGGCAUCCGCACAGAUCCUAGAGGUGAAUAUCAUAUCGGCAAAUGAGUUAGCUCCGGUGGCCAAGUUCAUGAAGACAUUCGUCGUUGCAUGGGUUCAACUCGACCGGAAAGUGAGAACCCGGGUCGACUCGAUCGGACAUUCUAACCCUUCAUGGAACGAGAAGCUCGUCUUCCGGAUCGACUACGACUCUCUCAUCCUCAACGACGCCGCCGCCUCUCUCACCGUCGAGAUCUACUCCACCUCGUCGCGUGGCGUCGACACGCUCGUCGGAAGCGUCGUCGUUCCCAUCAGAAGUCUCUUCCCUCCUUCGUCCAUCGCCUCACAUUCCAAGAUGCAGUUCGUGACUCUCCAGGUACUCCGGCCGUCGGGUCGGCCUCAGGGGGUUCUCAACGUCGGAGUGUCUCUAUUGGAAGGAACCAGGCGAAGCUUCGAUCUCAGCUCCGUCGCGCAAUCGGAUCUGUUACCCGACCCGAAAACUCGCUGCAACAACAACAACAACAAUAAAAACCAGUUCGCGAAAAGCUCAACGGCGGCGCCGAAAAAUCAGUUACGGCACUCGAAAAGCGAGCGGUCGAUAAUGAGCGGAGCUCCGGCGGGGGAGAAAAAGGGUUCGAUGUGUUCGGACGUGGGACCGUCGCCGUCGGUGGUGGCGGCAGCGAUAGCGAUGGGAUUGUAUCCGAGAGGAGCGCCGACGGCGACGACGAUGACGGAGGAUGAUCAGACGGCGCCGAGAGGCUCGAUCGUGUUGAAUAACUGGAUUGAGGAUGAUAGUGUGGAAGGGCUAAAGACGAAGAUCGAGAGGUGGCGAUCGGAGAUUCAUCCGAUUUACGAGAGGAGGCAGCAGGUGAAUAUAAACUACGGGCGGUCGAGUCAUCGGAGGAACAACACUGAGCCGGCGAAGAGGUCUGAGCACAGACGGGCCGGGUCGGGUGGCGGGUUGUUCUCGUGUUUCGGGACGGCUUAUGGGUGCGAGUUCUCGAUAUCUUGUGGUGGCGGUAGCCGUAGGAAUAGUAAGAAGUUUGAUAAUAAUGGGGACAAAACUCACCUUAGCCUAUCUGAAUUUUCAUACGACGAUCCAUAUGUAUAG